GUCGCCGAGCCCCCAUCCAGGCCCCUCCCCGUCAGCCUUGUGCCUGCCAUUCAGCUAGGCUGUGUGGAUGUCGUUCAUCCCAUUCUCCGUCUGAUAAAACAAAUUCAAAACAACUUUGUUUCUGUCAAAGUGCUUCCAGUAUGGCUUACACGGCUGCAGGGGGGACCAAGAAGAAGGUCUGCUACUACUACGACGGUGACGUAGGAAAUUAUUACUAUGGACAAGGACAUCCCAUGAAACCGCAUCGUAUCCGGAUGACUCACAACCUGCUCCUGAACUACGGACUUUACAGAAAAAUGGAGAUUUAUAGACCACAUAAAGCAACGGCAGAGGAGAUGACGAAAUACCACAGCGACGACUACAUCAAGUUCCUCAGAUCCAUCCGGCCAGACAACAUGUCCGAGUUCAGCAAGCAGAUGCAGCGAUUCAACGUUGGGGAGGACUGUCCUGUGUUUGAUGGGCUGUUCGAGUUCUGCCAGCUGUCUGCUGGAGGCUCUGCUGCUGGAGCAGUGAAACUGAACCGGCAGCAGACGGACAUCGCAGUCAACUGGGCCGGAGGACUCCACCAUGCAAAGAAGUCUGAAGCCUCAGGCUUCUGCUACGUGAACGACAUUGUGCUGGCCAUCCUGGAGCUGCUGAAGUACCACCAGAGGGUGCUGUACAUUGAUAUAGACAUACACCAUGGAGACGGAGUGGAGGAGGCCUUUUACACCACAGACAGGGUCAUGACCGUGUCCUUCCAUAAGUAUGGGGAGUACUUCCCUGGAACUGGAGACCUCAGGGAUAUCGGAGCUGGCAAAGGCAAAUAUUACGCCGUCAACUUCCCUCUGAGGGACGGCAUCGAUGACGAGUCUUACGAGCAAAUCUUCAAGCCUGUGAUGGCCAAGGUGAUGGAGAUGUACCAGCCCAGCGCGGUGGUUCUCCAGUGUGGUUCAGACUCGCUGUCAGGAGACCGCCUCGGCUGCUUUAACCUCACCAUCCGUGGACAUGCCAAGUGUGUGGAGUACAUAAAGUCUUUCAACCUGCCGCUGCUGAUGCUCGGUGGAGGAGGAUACACCAUCCGUAAUGUGGCCCGCUGCUGGACCUACGAGACCGCCGUGGCUCUGGACACAGAAAUCCCUGAUGAACUGCCAUACAACGACUACUUUGAAUACUUUGGGCCUGACUUCAAGUUGCACAUCAGCCCCUCCAACAUGACCAACCAGAACACACAGGAGUACAUGGACAAGAUCAAGCAGCGGCUGUUUGAGAACCUGCGGAUGCUGCCUCAUGCUCCAGGUGUUCAGAUGCAGGCGAUCCCUGAGGACGCCGUCCCAGACGACACGGUGGACGAGGACACCGAAGAUCCUGACAAACGCUUGUCCAUUCGUGCUACAGAUAAGAGAAUAGCCUGUGAUGAAGAGUUCUCAGACUCCGAGGAUGAAGGUGAGGGAGGCAGGAGGAACGUGACCAGUCACAAGAAGGGAUCCAAAAGGCCUAGAGUGGAUGAAGACAAGAAGGAGGUAGAGGAGAAGAAAGCUGAUUUAAAAGAAGAAGAAAAGAUGAAGGACAGCAACUCUGAGAAGACGGACACCAAGAGCAGUGUGAAGACGGAGCAGACCAGCAGUGCCUGAAGUCUCCAUGCUGUCCACCCCCCAGGAUUCAACCUCCACCCAGAUGCUGUCGCAAGCCUCGUAUUUAUUGUGAUUUUCUAUUUUUUACCUGUAAAUCUCUGUGAUCUGUCUGUAGCGUCGGCUACAGCCAUGUUUGAUACUAUGAACUAUGUGUCUACAAAGUGCUCGUUCUUCUGAGGGAAAUGUGAGAUUAUUUGUUUUAGGAAGCUGUGGGUGAAUCCGUAGACCAUCCUGCAACAUUAAUGAUUGAUUUUUUUAUAUAUAUAUAUAUCUUGCAUUUGUCAAUAAAACUUUUUAUACCGUU